AUGAUGAGCGACGGGUUAGGCAGCUCAGCCACGGCCUCGGCAAGUCCUCAUGAUGAUGGGAAAUCGAAAGAGCUUCAAUCAACGAUCCAAGAUUUUCCAGUCUCUUAUCCUGGUCUCUCCUAUGGUCUUGACACUGUCUCGGCCAGUCUUCGACCACUUGGCGAUUCGAUAGUCCCAGCUUUUGCCGAUUUCGUAGCUGCUGAGGGAGCGUUUAAGAAGAUCAAAGCUGAAUCGGUUGGCGUCUUUUCGACCAGUCUCGGCGCUGUGCCAAGCACACCAGCAAGUAUCUCGAGACGUCGACAUCGCACAACAUUCACUCAAGAGCAACUGGCUCAACUCGAUACAGCUUUCCAGAAAAGUCAUUAUCCGGAUAUUUAUGUGAGAGAAGAGCUUGCUCGAGCCACUGGUCUCAAUGAAGCUCGGAUACAGGUUUGGUUUCAAAAUCGACGAGCCAAACAUCGGAAACAAGAGAAACAACUGAAUAAGGCAAUUAAUCCAUUCAACACGAGUCAAGCGGGUUCAAUUAUGAGACAAGGAGUGUAUCCAGGAGCUGCUUUUGGAGCCGUCCCUGGACGAGACGCGUUUUGGUAUCCAUCGUAUCCCCGUCAAAUGCCCUAUCCAACAGCCACUCCUCCCUACUCAACGUCCACAUUCCCAAAUUCGAUUACAAAUUUCUCGCAAUCGAUCGCCUCAUUUUCGACAAGCGGCGGCACCGGCGAUGAUGAUUUCUAUCAGAAAUCGCUUCUCUCUCGAAUGUCGGCUUGUCAAACGGCGGGCGUGCAAAAUCUGACGAAUGCCUCACUUUCGAAUAACAUCAGCAAUCAGUUGAAUUAUCAACAGCCU